ACCACUGUUCCUGAAACCUGGUCAGAGAGGAAGUUUUAUCUGUGCAGCCCUUCUCUGAGGAUGGACAGUACUCACGCUACAAAGUCCUGUUUGCUGAUUCUUCUUGUGGCCCUACUGUGUGCAGGAAGAGCUCAGGGACUGCAGUGCUACGAGUGCUAUGGAGUGCCAAUUGAGACUUCCUGCCCAGCAGUUACCUGCCGCGCCUCUGAUGGAUUCUGCAUUGCUCAAAACAUAGAAUUGAUUGAGGGUCUAGGGUCUCACUGGCUCACUGACAGACCAGGAGAGCUGGAAGCAUCUGACUCUCAAAGAAGGAAACUAAAGACCCGUCAGUGCCUUUCUUUCUGCCCUGCUGGUGUGCCAAUCAAGGAUCCUAACAUCAGGGAGAGGACUUCCUGUUGCAGCGAAGACCUCUGCAAUGCAGCAGUUCCCACUGCAGGCAGCACCUGGACCAUGGCAGGGGUGCUUCUGUUCAGCCUGAGCUCAGUCAUCCUGCAGACCUUGCUCUGAUGGUCCUUCCAAUGACCCCCACCCUUUUCCUUUUAUCCUCAUGUGCAACCACUCUUUCCUGGAGUCCUCUAGUGACAAAUUAUAUGUUAUAGAAUGUCCAAUGUGGGGAUAGUGUGUGGAACACCCUGUUUCACCUUUAUAGCCCCUGCUGGGUAAGUGCCCGACUCCUCUCUAGGGCUUUCAAAUCUGUACUUCUUGCAAUGCCAUUUAGUUGUGGAUCUCUAUUCUUGGCCCUGGAGGCAUGUGCCCAGCACAUGCAACAGGCAGUAUUCCAAGGUAUUAUACUAUCACCAUCCACACAUAAGUAUCUGGGGUCCUGCAGGGUUCCCAUGUGUGCCUGUCAAUGACCCCUGCUGAGUCCAAUAAAAGCUUUGUUCUCCCA